GCUAAACCGAGACCUCACCUGCCCUUACAUUCAGAUCUGGACCUUGCAUCCAUAACUCCGUAAGUUUGUGGUUUCUUAUCACCGCGUCUCCGGAAUCCUUUCGUACUUCAUAUCUUCGACGUGCAAACGUUUGUUUACCACCUUCUUAAAGAAAAGUACCAUCUCAUGUUGUUAUUGGUGCCUGCCGCACUCACUAGCGUACAUCCUUCAUAUUCAAUUCCUCCGUAGACUUCAUUCAAUAACACACUUCUACUCAAACACUUCUCUCGAAACGAAAUAUCACUUUUCGGACGUUGCCCACAUGUCUCAAUUCGACAUCAUCGGCGAGCAGUACAAGAAACUGCCUGUUCUCAUCAACAGCGCGAACGUUGGCGGAAAGACGUACAUUGUGACGGGUGGUAACACCGGACUUGGGCUUGAGACAGCAAGACACCUAGUCAAAGCAAACGCAGCCCACGUCAUCAUUUCGAGUCGCAAGAUUUCGGCAGGCGAGGCAGCGAAGGCAGACAUCGAGCACACGACUGGGCGUAAGGAUGUGAUUAAGGUCUGGCAGCUUGACCUUAUGUCGUUCGCGUCCGUGAAAGCAUUUGCAGCCAAAGCCUCAGAACUAGAGCGAAUCGAUGCUCUUAUCGAGAACGCCGGAGUUAUGACGGACAAGUUUGUCCUCGCCGAAAGCCACGAGAGUUGUAUGACAGUCAACGUUAUCAGCCCGUUCUUGUUGGCCGCGCUAUUGAUGCCGAAAUUACAGGAGACGGCACAAACGUUCAACACCACGCCGCGCAUCGUCAUGGUUGGUAGUGCACUGGCGUUCCAAGCAAAUAAAGAGCUAGAGAAGGGUGGACCAGAGAACAUUCUAGCGAACCUGAACGAUGCUAAAGUCGCGGACCGCUAUCCUUUGACGAAACUCGUGCAGCUAUACGCCACCCGUCAAUGGGCCUCUCUGUAUCCUGUCGAGAAAUCCAACGUGAUCAUGAACAUGACUGCGCCUGGCGUAUGUUCGACUGGUCUUGCCCACGAUACAAGCGCCGCCACUCGUGCUUUGAUCGGUACGAUUCGGUUCUUUUUUGCGCGGACAGCCGAGGAAGGCAGCCGUACAACGGUUCAUGGUGUCGUCGCUGGUAACGACUCCCACGGCCAAUUUCUCUCCGGCUGCAAGAUCAAAGAUUGGUGGGUCCCCACCUGGGCCAAGAACGAACAAGGAUUGCACACACAAAAGCAAUUGUGGAAAGAGCUUACUGAGAUCCUGGAGGCGACAUCCCCUGGCGUGAUUUCAAGCAUCAAAUCCGUUGGCACCUAGACAGUGCGUCCAAGUAUAGUGGAUCCGAGAGAGAUUGAAUAGUCGGUGGUCUCAUAAUAAGGUCUAUCGUUGAGAUAGGAUUGGAGUAAGCUUACGAUUCCGUUCGUUCCACUAGUAAUUGAUUGAAAAUCAAAUAAUUGUUCGACCUUUGUAGGAUUAUAAAUGCCGUG